CAAGGUGCGGCACCGGACGUCGGACCAGGUGAUGGCGCUAAAGAUGAACAAGCUGAGCAGCAACCGAGCCAACAUGCUGAAGGAGGUGCAACUGAUGAACCGACUAUCGCACCCCAACAUACUGGGUUCAUGGGCGUCUGUGUUCACCAGGGCCAGCUGCACGCACUGAUUGAGUACAUUAACAGCGGAAAUCUGGAGCAGCUUCUGGACAGCAACCAGCACUUGGCGUGGACGGUCCGGGUGAAGCUUGGGCUGGAUGUGGCUCUGGGACUGGCAUACCUUCACUCCAAGGGGAUCUUCCACCGUGACCUCACAUCUAAGAACUGCCUCAUUAAAAGUGACGAGAACGGAUAUUCUGCUGUGGUGGCGGAUUUCGGUCUGGCAGAAAAAAUACCAGAUUACAGCGACGGCUCUGAGAAGUUGGCGGUGGUGGGGUCUCCAUACUGGAUGGCUCCAGAGGUCCUCCGAGAUGAACCCUACAAUGAGAAGGCUGACAUCUUCUCGUACGGAAUCAUCUUGUGUGAGGUCAUAGCGCGGAUACAGGCGGACCCAGAUUACCUGCCACGCACAGAGAACUUCGGUUUGGACUAUGAUGGUUUCCAGCACAUGGUGGGUGAUUGUCCCCCCGACUUCCUCCAGCUCGCCUUCAACUGUUGCAAUAUGGAUCCGAAGCUCCGGCCUUCCUUUGUGGACAUCGUGAAGCAGCUGGAGGAGAUCUUGAGUCGUCUAAAAAGUGAAGAGGCCGAAAAUGAGCGAAGAGCGAACAACCCGGAAAUCACCGAAACAAAACCUCUUCCCAAAGGUCCCUCUGAUAAGAGUCUGGGGGUGAAGCGUCUGAUUGCGUUGUCACCAGAUGACAAGAUCCCCCAAAAGUCUCCACGACCCCGCAGGAGUAUCACUCUGUGCCGGAGCCAAUCCGACGUCUUCGCCCAGAAACCUAAGCGGAAGAUCAACGUCCAGGACCCCUUCUACACCCCCCGGAAGGGUGCCAUGCGCAAGGUUAACCCCUUUAAUGCCAGGGAGGACUUGAAAGGCGGGAAGAUCAAAUUCUUCGAUAUGCCCAGCAAGUCGGUCAUCUCUCAUGUGUUCGACUUGUACUCGCCCAAGAUGGACGGUGAAGCGGGGACCGGAGCGGUGCGGCAGCUCUUCAGCCAGGACACUGUGGAUUGCUCGUAUGUCCCCAGGAGACGCUGCCGAUCGCUUCCGGUAUCCCCUGAUCUCAUAAGAAGAGGCUAUCCCCCAUCUGCGUCCCUCUCCCCCACCGUGGGGAAAUGUGACCCCGCGCAGGUCAGCGGGGAGGUGAGGGUCAGACUCUGUAAUGCCAAAUAUGGUGUAUCGGAAAUCCCCCCUUACAGACCCCGAUGUCCGGCCCCGGACCGCGUCCAAACAAACGUGGAAGACAUGGACUGCACAGACGGCUCGGGCGCCUUAGACGACAACCGAUGUUCUUCCACCAAAACGGACGGAGAGGACAACUGCAACCAGCUGCUGGUCAGCAACGGAACCCCCACCCAGAAUCCCCCGUACCGCCUCCCUGAAGACGGCACCUUGCAGGGGGGGGUCCCCAACACCGAGGCCAUGGAAAUAGAGGACGCAGUAAACGAGAAUGUGUCCGAGUCUUCGCUCAGCCCCCCGGCCAGGUUUGGGGGUCUCUCGCUGUUGCCGGUAGAGGAUGCAGACGGCAGAGACCCCCUGUGUGACUCCGUGUCCAGCUGUCGCAUCAUGCAGGGGGUGGUAAAAAUGUGA